AUGUGGUUUUGUUUAUUACUUCUAUUUAUUUCAUUUUGUAAUGGUGAAUAUUGUCAAAAAGUGGAAGGGAAUGAUAUCGUAAUCUAUGCAAAUACUAGUUGUAGUGAUUAUACUUUAACUUCAAAUAAAUUAACAGGAGAUUAUACUAAAUAUUCAUCAGUUAUUAUUUCAGUUAGUAACUAUUAUGGAAUAUCUGAUUUUGGUUCGGUUAAUCCAUUUAAGGCAAGAAAAGUUAUUAUACAAAUAGAAGAAAUGAGUACUAGUCAUUCUUUUCUCUCCUUUGUAAAUAUUGAAACAAAUUUUAGACUUGAAUUGGUCAAAAGCCCUUAUUCAUUUAAAAAUGUUCAAUUUACUUUCUAUAAUGGAAAUAGUCCAACAAGAAUAAUUGGAGAUGUUGAUGGGUUGUUAGUUAGUGGAAGUGAUGAUUAUGAUUCUAAUUAUCAUUUGCCUAUUCAACGUACUUACUUCAAUUCAAUUCCUAUUAAUUUAAAAUUUAGUUCUGAUAUUAGUAUACAAUAUUUAAUAUCAUCAUAUGAAGGAUCAAUCAAUAAAAUAACACCAAAAUCAUCAAAUGAUAAAUAUUUCAGUCAGACAUGUGGUGGAAUGGUUCGUUAUUUUAGUUAUAAAAACAUUGCAAUUUAUGAUAUAACAACAGAAUGUAAUCAUCAAUUUAAAAAAGAUGAAGAAGAUGAUUUUAAUUCAUUUAUUGUUACUAUCACUGUAUCUUUAUCUAAUUAUUGUCAAAUAUCAUUAUCAACAAAUAAUUAUAUUAUUAGAAAUAACAAUCGUCCAUCAAUUACUCAUACAGUAUAUACAUAUCCUAAUCAAUGGUUAAAAUAUGAAUCAUCAAAUCAAGCAAUAUUCAAAAUUUAUAGAAAGAAAGAACCAUAUCAAAAAAUUGAAUUCAGUUUAACAAUUGAACAAUCAAAUGAAGGAACAACAUUAAUUAAAGAAGUAGAAAAUAAUGAUAAAUCAAUUUCAACAGUAAUUAUUUCUUCUUCAAAACCUUUAUAUGUUUUAGAUGAUGUAAAAUUUUCAGAAACAACAUUAACAACAAAGAAAAGUCAAAUAAUGAUUAUAGGAAUGAAAGGAAUAACAUUAGAUAGUAUUGGAUAUAAGAAUUGUAAUAUGAUGAUUUAUAAAGAAAAAACAAAAGAAUGUAUUGAAUGUGAAAAACGAUAUUAUUUAAAUUCAAAUAAAGAAUGUCAAUAUAAUUCACAUUGUAUUAAAAUAAAUAAUCAAAAUCAUUGUAUUGAAUGUGAAUAUGGAUAUUAUCUUAAUUUAAAUACAAAACAUGCAAAAUACUCAAAAUGA